AUGGCUGUCGCGGCGGCAUCUGCGUCGGACGCGCAGCCUCUCACGGCAGAUGCGACGGCGGCAGACGGCCCGGCGGAAGGCGCGCACUCGCCUGGCGCGCGUGAGAGGAGCAACGCGGAAGGGGAAGUGAAAGAUGUUAGGGGCGAGAACGGCGCGAGGGCGGAAAAUAUGCUAGCUGGGAUUGUCAGGAGAAGAGAGAAGGGCGGUGGGAAGAUCACCUCGGAAAGGAAGGGGAAGUCGCCGCGAAGGGGCAGGAUGACAGGGAAAAGGACAGAGCCAGUUCCAGGUUCGGCAGGAGGGGAGGCCCGAGCCUCCACUCUAGGCUCGGCUGAAGCUUUGACGCUUCACGAAGAAGAGAUUGGCAGAAACCGAUCCGAUCAUGAGGAUGUCUCUAUUUCUGAGCUUCUUCGUGAGGGGAGGCAGAAGAGGAAGAGAACAGAGAUGUCAGCAUUAGAGGCGACCCAGCACUUAGCUAAGUGCCAAGCUUCCCGAGAGUCGUUGGAGAGGGGAGAGAAGAAAAGUCUCGCGCAAUUUUCCCAGAGUUCCGGUUCUGCUCUGGGGUCGAGCGGAGAUCUGCUUAGUCUUAUAGCGAGUCAGCAGCUAAUGAUGCAGCAGACGUUGCAGAAGCAGCAGGGGGUUGCUUCAGCUGCUGCGUUUCCCGCCCGUUCCCCUGCUCCUGGCAUUUCAUACAGCUCAUCCCACCUCCAGUCCUCCACUCCGUCGUAUAGGCUUCAGUCCUUUAUUCCUGCUGCGGGUGCGGAGUCAUCAGCAGCAGCAUCAGGUACAUUGCAGGGCAUGUGUGGACUAUCCGGGGAGCAUGCGCUGCGCAGUGCUCUUGUAUCUGCUAUUGUGAGCAAGAUAGAGCAGAUGGGCAGGGCGGUGUCCGCAAGGCUCGCCCCCGUUGCGCCCGCAUCCGCUGUACUUGCGGGGGAUGUCGCCCGCGGAUUCGCAACUGCCGCUCCCGCUGAAGAGGAUGUGGUGAAGGCGGCGUUUAUCAAGCAGCAGGCAUCCUUCCGGUCGUACCUGGAAGGUCUCAAGAAGGUUUCCAUCCCCAUGGACGCUGCUGACGACAAGGCCACCAAGGCGUAUGCUGCAGCCGUGAAGAACAUCCGCGAGAGCCUGGGCAUUCCCUCCUUCUCUGAGAAGCUCUCCAACCUGCUCGAGUCAGCAGAGGAGGACUCGCGGGACGUGCGCAGCUUCCUGGAAGAAUCUCGCAUCAUCCGCAGGCAGCUAGGAGUGGAGGACAAGCUGGGCGCGGAGAAGCUGGACAGCGUCGAGAAGAAGCUUGGGAAGGUGGGGAAGGGGGAGCGCUUUCCCCUCCACCCUUACAACCCCGUCACCCCGUCCUCCCUUGUCCCAAACCACCCCUGUGCGCCCAGGCUGGGAGUGGAGGACAAGCUGGGCGCGGAGAAGCUCAUGUUUGCAGCACUUGACAGCGUUGAGAAGAAGCUGGGGAAGGCGCUGGUGGGGGAUGAUGUGAAGGGCAUGGCGAUGUUUCAGGAGGAGGUCAAUGCUAUUAACAAGAAGCUGGGGUUGAAGGACGGCGACUUGGAGCCGUUGGAGCAGCAGCUGGGGACCAGCAUGGCCAAGACUGACGUCACUGCCUUCCCCUUGACUAGCCCCUUCUACCACCUCUUUCCGCCAUCCAACUUUCCCUUCUCUCCCCCCCCCCCCCCCCCCAGGCUGGGGUUGAAGGACGGCGACUUGGAGCCGUUGGAGCAGCAGCUGGAGACGAGCAUGGCCAAGACUGACAUUGCUGCCUUUGCCAGCGAGGCAACGCAGAAGAUUGGCACGUACCAGAAGAGGGACGGCUUGGAGGACAUCCAGGUUAAUAACUACGGGCGAAUUAACUCGCCCGGCGAUGACAUCCGUGUAGCCAUGGCGAAGAACGCGAGCAAGGCGGCAAGUCGUACUGCCGCCUCCGGUGCGAGCUGUGACGGGGACGACGGAGACGAAGCGAACGGCGACGACGCCGAGGAGGAUUGGCCGGAGAACGGCCACGACGACAGCGCUUCAGGCGACGAUGUAGGUCCUGCUGACAUCGAGGAGGACGACUGGUGGAAUCGGCCGGUCGGGAGCGACGACGAGGUGGAAGAGUGGCAUGCUGGUGAUUCCGACAACGACGGAGGCGGCGACGACGACCCAUGGAGCUUUGGGACCGACGACGACGUCCCGCUACUGAAGCGGAGGCUGCGCCAUCGCCUACAGUCCAAGUCAAAGCGGGCCCGCGUGGUGCUCUCUGACGACGACGGUCCGGAGGAGGAGCGUCGCCCGAUACUCACCGCUGCGGAGAAGGGGAAAGCCAAGGUCGCGGAAGCCCCUGCUAAGGCCCCUGCUAAAGCCCCUGCUCGUCGCCGCACAAGCAACAAGAAGCUGACAUCCGGCGGAGACCCGGGAUCCAGCAAGGGUGCGGCUAAGAAGAAGGCGAAGAAGGCGCUGAAUCCUGACGACAUCGUCGUGAACGAGCCGCUGGGCAGCGACGAUGAGUACGCGGCGGCGGCGGGCCCGAUUCCCACGUUCCCUGAGAAGGCGGGGUCGGGGCCGCAAGAGGGCGGGGCCGCAGGUGGCAUCGGGGCCUGGGGCGGGUACCGCACGGGCGGCGACGGGCCGGGACGGGCGGCGACGGGCCGGUACGGGCGGCGAGGGGGCCGCAGCGGAUGGCGGCGCGUCGUACGGGCGGCACGUGACGCCGCGAAGAGCGGCGACGGGCUGGUACGGGCGGCGACGGGCCGGUACGGGCGGCGACGGGGCCGCAGCGGACGGCGGCGCGUCGUACGGGCGGCACGUGACGCCGCGAAGAGCGGCGACGGGCUGGUACGGGCGGCGACGGGCCGGGACGGGCGGCGACGGGGCCGCAGGAGUAGGGCGGCGAGGCCGCAGU